GGGCCAUCCUGCGGCCCGGCACCUGCCGCGGGGCGGCGGCGGCCCCGCCCGGGCCUCGCACACCGCCCCGCCCCGGCACGGCACGGCCCGGUAACGUACGGUACCAGCACGGCUCCGGUACGGGCACGGUACGGUACGGUACGGCACGGCACGGUACGGCACGGCACGGCUGCCGAGGAGCCGGGCGGCGCGGACGGGACGGGACGGGACGGGACGUCGGGGCUCCGCCCGCUCCCGGUCAUGUCCCAGCAGCACGUACCCAAGAUGUUGAUGUGAUGCUCAUCACUGCUGGCCGGAGCAGGAGCCGUGCUCAUUGGCAGGGCUAUGGGGAAACUGCAGAGCAAAUUCAGCAUCCACGCCACCAAAUACAGGGCUGAUGGCUCCGUGGGAGAGGUGGGACCUGCUCGAGCCACUCCGCAGCACUGCCCCGUGCACAGCGAUGCCGUCACCUCAGUGGCUGCUCUCAAACCAGACCUGUGCGUGUCCGGAGCAAGGGAUGAGAGCGUGGCUGUCUGCAGCUGGAGGUCCGGGGCUGUGCUGCAGCGGUUCACCGGCCACCAGCGGGAGGUCACCAAGGUCACCUCAGCCCCUGACUCCAACAGAGUCUUCAGCGCAUCCCGGGAUAAGACAGCAAUGAUGUGGGAGCUCCAGGGGACAUCAGGACCAAGCCAGCGCUUCGCAGCACAUGACCUGGUUGUGACAGGCCUGGCCGUGAGCCCGGAUGCCUCCCAGCUGUGCACAGGCUCGCGAGACAACACCGUGUGCAAGUGGGACACAGAGACCGGACAGUGUCUGCGCAGAGUCAUCACCUUCAGGAACGUGGUCACACAUCUGUGCUGGGUGCCUGGGGAGCCUUAUGUCAUCCAGACCUCAGAGGAUAAAACAGUCAGGCUGUGGGACAUGCGGCAGCUGGAGGUGGCUCACACCUUCCCCAGCAAGCAGCACAUCCAGACCUGCUGCGACGUGAGCCCCGACGGGCGGCUCUGCCUGAGCACCAGCAGCGGCACCGCGGGCGAGGGCUGCGAGGCCACGCUGUGGGACCUGCGGCAGACGAGGAGCCACGUGUGUGAGUACAAAGGGCACUUCCAGACCACGACCUCGGGUGUUUUCCUCCCAUGGGGCCCCACGCUCACCCCCAGCAUCGCCACAGCCUCGUGUGACAGCACCGUGAAGGUCUGGGACCGAGACACUGCAGCCUGCCUGGCCACGCUGUACCUGGAUGGAGCAGGACCACUGUCCUCACUGGCUGCCUGUGACAGCUCCACGCUGCUCUGUGCCACUUCCAACUCGGGAAUCCACGUCCUCCGGCUGCGUGACGGUGCGGAGCCGGCGCUGGAGGAGGUGGCAGUGUUCUGACCACAACCACCUUUCCAGCAGAGGGGAUGUGGCUCCCGAAGCACCACCUUGCACCUGCAGAGCAGCGAUGUGUGAUCAGCAGUGCUGGGGACUCACUGGUUUCAGUUUGUGGGUGGGAGGAGGCACUGGAGCUGUCUGGAACAGCCAAAUCAUGGAUGUGUCCAAGCCAAGGUCUUGUUCCUGAGCGAGCCUCGUGUGUUCCUUACAAAACCUACCCCCAGGCUGCUGCACGUGCUGGAGGUGAGGGAGGAGGAACCCCAAGGAGCAGCACUGAGGGGUGCCAGGUCAGCCUUAGCUCUUGGAAGGGGGCAAGUCACCGUGAGAGGUGGUCACAACCUGUAUAACUGUGCCCAAUGCAGCUCUGGGAGCAGCUCAGCUCCUUGGACCUGCUGGCCAUGCUCCUGUCAUUGCAGCCAAGGACAUGGUUGGCUUUCUGGCCUCUCAUCCGUAGUGUUUUCCCUGGGAGUAAAUAAGAGUUGGCAUAGAGCAUGUGGCAGGUGCCACCCCACUACUACACUGCUCAAAGCACGUAACUUGUGAGUAACUGUGAUUCUGUGAGUGGGUUCAGGUUUUUUUCCUUAAAACACAAUCUCCACUGCAGGUGCUGAGAACAGAACCAUGUUCAUGCUCCCAAGGAACAUGGAGCUGCUCCAGCUGACAGUGAGGACAUGAAUCAGUCUCCUCUUUUCUCCUGAAGGGUUUUUAUGGUGGCAGACAGAAAGCAAACUGUGCUGUGAAGUACCUGUUAUUUCUCCAUUCCUCACUCAGACCCAGAGGCACAUUCAAAACAUGCUUUGAUUUUCCAGAACACGUUUGCAAAGCCUCAAUCUAAAGAAUAAACAUCAAGUAAGAAAGCUC